UGGACUAGCUUUGACGUAAACGCGAUAAGUCAUAUUAUAAAAUGUAGUUACUGAAGAAACUGAAAAUUGACAAGGAAAUACAUUUAUAAGAAAUAGUUACGAAAAUAUCGGUUAUCAGUGAGAAUUAAAGCAAACUUUAAUUUCAUUCAAAUCUAUCUGGAUUUCAUCUGAGCUGGUGGUGAUAGGGAUCGAUCCCGAUUUAAUCAUUAUAUUAUGAUUCACUAUUUUCUUUAUUUUUAUAACUAAUCUUCAUCAGACUGUUAGCCUUCAUCAGACUGAAUAUCGAUAUCAUAGAAACUAUGUAUUAGGAUUUUAUAAAAGAAUUCAAGAAUUAGAUUUAUAGACGGAGUUCGUCAAUGUGAACACCAACUUAAUCUGAACUGGUUUUAGUUAAUGAAUUAUUACAAUGAAUAUUAAUUAAUUAAUAUUUUUUAAUCUAUAUUCGUCAUUACGAUACAUGAAUGCGACAGCAUGCUGCCAUUUCUUAACGUAUUAGAGUCCAAAAGUGAAUGUUGAUACAAAGCUGCCACAUUGAAAUUAUCUAGUCAAUCUAGUUUGAUACAAAAUAUAUUGAGAAAACAAGGAUGUUUCGAGAUACUCAAAAAAUCAUUGUAGAGGAUGGGCUUGCUCCAUCGGCACCAUAUGUCAUGAAUGUUAGGAUGGAAGAUCUGUUAGAGAAGCUGAAAUUGUUGAACUACGAUGCGGAAUUUGUGCAAGAAUUAAGAAUGAAACCAAUCAACAGGCAUCAUUUUGUCAUUCCGACAAAUCCUGGUGAACAGUUUUACUCAUUUACAUGCCUAGCCGCAUGGUUGAUUAGAAAAGCAGGAAAAAGCUUUGAAAUGCCACAAGAAUCAGAUGAUCCUAAUUCUACAAUAGCUCUCAUCUUGGAUUAUCUCAGGGAAAUUGAUGUGCCUGUGGAAUUUCCACCGAAUAAGCUCAAGCAAGGCAGUGGGGAACAUGCAAUUUAUGUUUUAGAUAACUUGGCUGAUAACGCAUUAAAAGUGGAAAAGUUCAAAUGGAAAAGGUAUAAUAACAUUGUUCAACAGCAUUUUGCAAUAUGAAUGCAAAUACUUAUUUCUAAUAUAUUUUUGCCUGAAUACAAACCCAUUGUCCAAAUUUGGCUAUCAUGCCAUGAUUUUGAGAAAAAUGGCAUCAAAAAAUUGAAACACAGAACCAGACUUUUAGAAUCUAAAACUAAUAGGGACGAAUGGCAAUUAGAAUUGGAAAAGGUUCUACCUCGAUUAAAAGUAACUGUUAAGACAGACUCGAGGGAUUGGAGAGCACAUCUUGAACAGAUGAAACAAUUGCGAGCGAAUAUUGCGACCAAUCUGACUGGUACAAAGACUCAUUUGAACAAAAUCUACACCGAUAUCGGAAAUACUUUAGACAAGAUCAAAACUAGGGAAACUUAUCUCAAUAGGCAACUCGAGCCUGCUUUAACAGAAUACCGUUCACUACAAGAAGAACUAUCAAAGGUCAAAGAACAGUAUAGAGAUGUUAGUGGCGGCGUUACCGAACGAACGCGAGUUCUUAAUAAAUUAAUGGAGGAAUUGGAGCAUAUAAAGAGAGAAAUGGAUGAGAGAGGAUCCAGCAUGACUGACGGAACACCGCUCAUUAACAUAAAGAAGACAAUCACGAGGAUGAAGAAUGAAAUUUCCGAGAUGAAUAUCCGAAUCGGCGUAUUGGAGUAUAGCUUAAUGUGUGCGAGGGUACGAGAUCGGACGCAAUUACGAGAGGACAUGAACAGCACGAGUACCUCGAUAAUAAUUUAAUACAUGUCGUGCAUUUUCGUUACUUAUAUUUACAUAUUUUAAUCCGUCCAAUAUGUGAUGUUAUAUAUAAAAUCUAGUUUUGACUGUGUGUAUUGUCAUCACGGGUCCAACUACUCUGCCUCUAACGAAGUUGCAAUAUGACAACUACGUAGUACUGAAAAAAAUACUGCUUUGAUUGCAGUAUGGUGCACAUAAAAUUUUCUUUGGCACUUUAUACGUUUAUAUGUAGCUCGCAAUUGUCAAUCGACACUAUCACCGAAUUCCAAUUACGUUAAAUAAAUAAAGUGUCUUUUUUAUCUGAUGA